UCUUCUUCUUCGUUCUAUGUUACUCUGUAGUUCUUAUUUAAUUUAUAGUUGAACCUUGAGAGCUAAGAUUUAAGCUAUAUUAAUUAAGUUGUAAAAUUGCACAAACAUGAUACAACAAAAAGUCAUGUACACAACAUUACUAGAAAUGAAUACUCCCUCCGUCCCCUUUUAAAUGUCCCGUAAGAGGGUGACACAAGUUUUUAGAAAGGUGUGGCGUUGGGAGGCGAGCGGCAGAUUUUCUGUCCGUAGUUGUUAUCGUCGAUUAGCUAGAGAUAUUCAGGUCGAAGGGUGGGUUGGCUGGACGGAGAUGUGGAAUUGUAGGCUGCCGCCAAAAAUUAAAUCUUUUUUUUGGCAACUUUGUUCAGAUUGUUUGCCCACUACGAAGAAUUUGCGCAGCCGGAUGGUGAAUUGCCAAGAGGUUUGUGGGCUUUGUGGAAAGGAUGAUGAGUCGGUGUUGCAUCUUUUUGUCCGCUGUCCGGUAGCGAUCGAAGGUUGGAAAGCAAUUGGGUGGGAUGUCAAUGGUGCGGCAGGUGGAAGCUUUUUGCAUUGUCUGGAGCUGAUUUUCCAAACCAAGAAGAAACCUGAGUUAGAGAAAGUUGUUUGGGGCUGCUGGGGCUUAUGGGAGGAAAGAAACAGACGGGUUUGGCAAAACAAAACUUUGAAUGCUUCCCAAGUUAUGUUUAGUGCAAGUUGCUUUGUUGAUGGUUGGCUAUUUGCGCAGCAGAAGGACCAGGCCAAGGUGACAGCUUUAGGAGCUCAGGUUUGGCGAUUACCAAAGCCUGGAUGGUGUAAAAUGAAUGUGGAUGCAGUGAGGGACCAUACGGGCAGCUGGUUCGGGUGGGCUGUUCGCAACAGCAGCGGGGAUUUCGUUGGGGGAGGCAUUAAAAGUGGGCGGGGCAGCUGCUUUUCUCUUGAAG